CAACCUUUUUCAUUAUCAUGUUGUGUCCUUUGCAACCUACCCUGGUUUUUACUACACAAAACCAUUAUUAAUUAUUAUCAUCUUAAGGACUUCACUUUUUCAAAGAGAUUCCAAAGCUAAGCAAAUUUUCCGGGAAUAUCCCCUUUUCAUGUGAUAGUGUGGUUGCGAAAUGCAUCAUACAGAUUUUCCUCUUCGAUGGGAGAGCACAGGGGACCAAUGGUGGUUUGCGUCGCCAAUCGAUUGGGCGGCGGCCAACGGCCACUACGAUUUGGUCCGUGAGCUGCUCCGAAUCGACAGCAACCACCUCUUCAAACUAACCUCCCUGCGGCGAAUCCGGCGACUAGAAGUGGUUUGGGACGACGAAGAACAAUUCAGCUACGUAGCCAAGUUACGGUGCCAAGUUGCGCAAAAGCUUCUUCUAGAAAGCGAAUCGAAGAAGGGGAGGGAGUCGUUGAUCCGGGCGGCGUCGGCCGGGGACUUGUGUUUUGUAGAAAUGCUUCUUGAGAGGAAUCCUCUGCUGGUUUUCGGCGAAGGAGAGUACGGUGUGACUGAUAUACUGUAUGCGGCUGCGAGGAGCAAGAAUUGUGAGGUGUUUAGGGUGCUGUUUGAUUUCGCGGUUUCGCCGAGGUUUGUUACCGGCAAAGGGGGUAUGGAGGAGCAUAUUGGGGAGAUUCCUUCUGUUUAUAAGUGGGAAAUGACGAAUAGAGCUCUUCAUGCUGCUGCUAGAGGUGGUAAUAUCAAGAUCUUGGAGGACCUUCUUGCAAAUUGUACUGAUAUUUUGGCUUAUAGAGAUUCUCAGGGCUCAACUCUCUUGCAUGCAGCUGCUGCCAGAGGCCAGGUUGAGGUAGUUAAGUAUCUUAUAUCAUCCUUUGCCAUGACCAACUCCAUAGAUCACCAAGGCAACACUGCUCUCCAUGUGGCUGCUUCAAGGGGCCAAUUAGCCGCGGCCGAGGCUCUUGUCUCUGCAUCUCCGGCGUUGAUCUCUCAAACCAACAACGCCGGCGAAACUUUUCUCCAUAAGGCCGUGUCCGGCUUCCAGACACCCGGCUUCCGGAGAUUGGACCGACAGGUUGAGCUUCUAAGAAAGUUACUGAGUGGUAAGAGUUUCCAUGUGGAGGAAAUCAUAAAUGUGAAGAAUAAUGAUGGAAGAACAGCACUUCACAUGGCCAUAAUUGGAAACAUUCACACUGAUCUUGUUCAACUCCUAAUGACUGCUCCAUUAAUAAAUGUGAAUAUCUGUGAUGUUCAUGCCAUGACUCCACUUGAUUACCUUAGACAACAACCAAAUUCUUCAUCCUCAGAUAUUCUCAUCAAGAAAUUGAUCUCAGCUGGGGGAAUGUUUGGUUGUCAAGGUCACAAUUCAAGAAAGGCCAUAGCUUCACACUUGAGGAAGCAGAGCAUUGGAACCAGCCCCGGCGUGUCGUUUCGAGUGUCCGACACUGAAAUAUUCCUCUACACUGGCAUUGAGAGUAACUUGGACUAUGCUUGUCCUGAUCAAGGAAGUGGAGGAAGGAGUUCUUCUUCGUCAGAGCACAUUCCGGAUGACUUCACCGCCGCGAAUCGAGUAUCGUCCGUGAGCAAAAGGCCUAGCUCUGUAAACUAUGCUGCAUCAAAGUUGAAAAGGGUCCUUCAGUGGCCAAGGGUGAAAGACAAGAAAGAAGGUGAAGGAAUGAAGAAGUCUAUAGAUGAGGGUUCAGUGGACUCAUCAUGUAAGAAAUGGAAUAACAACAACAAUAAUAAUAAUAGUAGUAAUAACACUGCCAUUGAAGAAGCUCCAACACCAUUGAGGAAAAGAUUCCCUUCAACAAAGCCAACAUCACUUCCUAACAACAAAAGAACACUCUCAGUGAGGAGUCACCAGUCAAGUCCCAAUGCAAAGAAGAGAUUUGCCUCAGGACUAGUCCAUGGAGUAAUGCAAUCAAUGCCACAGGUUAAGGUCUCAGGGAGAUCAAGGUCUAGCUCGUUUUCCAAGUCCUCGACGAUUUCUUCGCCGAGAUCAAUGGACAAACAGAAGGGUGUUUACAUUGCUGGGCCUUCUUGUGAUGAUGAAUCACCACAUUUGAGUAAGAGAAGUACUUCAGUUAGUAAGAAGUUAAGGGUAUGUUUUGGUGCACCUGGCCUUAAUGUCAUGAAGAACCCAAGUCAUAGGAGGCAAGAGAGCCAAACUAGUUACAAGGAUCAUGCCAUUGCUGUGGCUUAAUUAAUUAAAUUGGAGCUUAAUUUGACUAAAUUGUAUCUAUUCUUACAACUAAUUACUUAAAUGUUAUUAGUUUUGUAUAAUAAUGAACUUGUAACAUCGUGUUACGAUUUCAUGCAUUACAACUUUUAGUUUACUCUUCUGAUAUUAUAAUAGAAUUUGUGUGCUUAA